AAGUAGAGUGUCUCAGGCUAUGAGGAAGAAGGAAUAAAACUUAGUGCUUGCGUAAGACAGGUCUGUGAAAUUAUAGGAACGGUGAAGAUACAUAGUGGGAACCACUAACUUGGAAAGAGACACAAGGAUGGCUCCCCAAUGUGGCUUAGAGAGAGGGUGCUUGGUGAUGUCACUGGAGGAGACUGGAAACGGGCCGUGCUGAUGCAUUCAGGGCAGGCCAUUAGGAGUUGGGCCUGAACUCUUUUCCAUGGGCUUGGGAACCUCUGGUGACGAUCUCUCUGCAGCUCUGGAGUGUUCUGGGAUAAUGAUGAGGUUCAGAACCUGUAGAUGGGCCUGGAUUCUCCGAGUGGGCUAUGGGAGUGAUGGAGAGGGUCGGCACCCUGAGACUCCCAGAACAGCGUGAUGGAAAACCAGGCCGUGGAGACUGAGAAACCAGUUACUCAAGCGUGCACAAACAACUGUGUAUGUGUGUGUGUCUCACCCUCAGGCGGGUGCUAACUCUGGGCACUCUCUGAUCCAGGAAGGAAGGCGUGGUCAGCCGGCUCCAAUGCUGGGAAGAGGUGAAUGAGAAUGCCCAUAAAGCUUCGCUGGCCUUGGCAACUUGGAGGUCAUUCCGGACUUGGAGGGGCGGGCAUAGAAACCAGACCGCAGAAGGUUGGAAAGCAAGUGUGUGUGCGUGCCGGGCGGGGCGGGAAGGUGAUCCAAGGACCAGACCCACACCUGGAAGAAAACGGAUGCUUGAGGGUCGGUUUAGCCACUUGGACCGAGAUGCCUCGCCAAUUCCCCAAGCUGAACAUGUCCGAUUUGGACGAGCAUGUCCGACUGUUGGCGGAGAAGGUGUUCGCCAAAGUGCUCCGAGAAGAGGACAGCAAAGAUGCUAUGUCCCUGUUCACCGUCCCCGAGGACUGUCCCAUCGGGCAGAAGGAGGCGAAGGAGAGGGAGCUGCAGAAGGAGCUAGCGGAGCAGAAGUCUGCAGAGACAGCAAAAAGAAAGAAGAGUUUCAAGAUGAUCCGGUCCCAGUCCUUGUCCUUACAGAUGCCAACACAGCAAGACUGGAAGGGCCCCCCAACCAUCAGUCCAACCAUGUCUCCUGUAACCCCUAUGGUUCCUGGAGCCACUCCCAAGCCUUCUCCAGCAUCCUAUGCCAUGCCUGAGUACCAGCGGGUCACUAUCAGUGGAGACUACUGUGCUGGGAUCACUGUGGAGGACUAUGAACAGGCCGCCAAAAGCCUGGCCAAGGCCCUGAUGAUCCGGGAGAAGUAUGCCCGGCUCGCCUACCACCGCUUCCCACAUACCACAGCCCAGUACCUGGCUCGGCAGGGGGAAACUGUACCCUUGGAAGAGGGUCUCCCAGAUUUCCACCCUCCCCCACUGCCCCAGGAAAACCCUUACCGCCUGGAUGAUGCACCGCCCAACCUCGGCUACCUGGUCCGCAUGCACGGAGGCAUUCUCUUCGUGUAUGAUAACCAGACAAUGCUGGAGCACCAGGAGCCCCACAGCCUGCCCUACCCAGACCUGGAGACCUACACAGUGGACAUGAGCCAUAUCCUAGCACUCAUCACAGAUGGCCCCACGAAAACCUAUUGUCACCGGCGACUGAACUUUCUAGAAUCCAAAUUCAGCCUUCAUGAGAUGUUAAAUGAAAUGUCUGAGUUCAAAGAGUUAAAGAGUAAUCCCCACCGUGACUUCUAUAAUGUGAGAAAGGUGGACACGCACAUUCAUGCAGCGGCCUGCAUGAAUCAGAAGCACUUGCUGCGCUUCAUCAAGCACACGUACCAGACGGAGCCCGACAGAACCGUGGCUGAGAAGAUGGGCCGGAAGAUCACCCUGCGGCAGGUGUUUGACAGCCUGCACAUGGACCCCUAUGACCUCACUGUGGACUCACUGGACGUCCACGCGGGCCGGCAGACAUUCCACCGCUUUGACAAGUUCAACUCCAAAUACAACCCUGUGGGGGCCAGUGAGCUUCGGGACCUGUAUUUGAAAACUGAAAACUACCUUGGAGGAGAAUACUUUGCUCGGAUGGUCAAGGAAGUGGCCCGGGAACUGGAAGAGAGCAAGUACCAGUACUCAGAGCCACGGCUCUCCAUCUAUGGCCGAAGUCCCAAGGAGUGGUCCAGCCUGGCCCACUGGUUCAUCCAGCACAAGGUCUACUCACCCAACAUGCGUUGGAUCAUCCAGGUGCCCCGGAUCUAUGACAUAUUUAGGUCAAAGAAGCUGCUGCCAAACUUUGGGAAGAUGCUGGAAAACAUCUUCCUGCCCCUUUUCAAGGCUACAAUUGACCCCCAAGAUCACCAGGAGCUUCACCUCUUCCUCAAAUAUGUGACAGGGUUUGACAGUGUGGAUGAUGAGUCGAAACACAGUGACCACAUGUUCUCAGACAAGAGUCCCAGCCCAGACCUCUGGACCAGCGAGCAGAACCCACCCUACAGCUACUACCUGUACUAUAUGUACGCCAACAUCAUGGUGCUGAACAACCUCCGCAGGGAACGAGGCCUGAGCACCUUCUUGUUCCGGCCCCACUGUGGGGAGGCUGGCUCCAUCACCCACCUAGUGUCUGCCUUCCUGACCGCAGAUAACAUUUCCCAUGGGCUGCUCCUCAAGAAGAGUCCAGUUUUGCAGUAUCUCUACUACCUUGCUCAGAUCCCUAUUGCCAUGUCUCCUCUCAGCAACAACAGCCUGUUCCUGGAAUAUUCCAAGAACCCGCUUCGGGAAUUCCUGCAUAAGGGACUGCACGUCUCUCUCUCUACAGAUGAUCCCAUGCAGUUCCACUAUACCAAGGAAGCGCUCAUGGAGGAAUAUGCCAUUGCAGCUCAAGUGUGGAAGCUGAGCACAUGUGACCUGUGCGAGAUCGCCAGGAACAGCGUGCUGCAGAGUGGCCUCUCGCAUCAGGAAAAGCAGAAGUUUCUGGGGCAGAAUUAUUACAAAGAAGGACCAGAGGGCAAUGAUAUUCGAAAGACAAAUGUUGCCCAGAUCCGGAUGGCAUUCCGAUACGAGACCUUGUGCAACGAGCUCAGCUUUCUGUCUGAUGCCAUGAAGUCAGAAGAGAUCACAGCCCUGACCAAAUAGGCCCAGCGCUUGAUACCAGCCUUCACUUUUUGGUUUAAUUUCAGGUCUGCUGGGGCUAAAAGUGGCCAAGAUUUCAGGCUGGGGCUUUCCUCUCUGGAGGAUGCCCCCGAAGAAAUCUCCAACUCUUGAUUUCGGUUGUGCUGUUCACUUCAUGAUUGAAAUGCCCUCUUCUGUCAGCAUUUCUGAGCCAGGGGCAGUCACUUCCCCUUGCAGAUCUGGGAGCUGGCAGUUGUCUGCACCUGUUCCCGAUUUUCCACAUAGUCCUCUUGUAAUUGCCAGUGUUUGCAUUGUUGGGGCCAGGGUUUUCCAUGUUGAAUGCCAGGUGACAUGAGGUCCGUGUGGUCUCUGCCGACUCCCCUCUGCAGGCUCCAUUCAGCCUCUGGCUGGGUGCCUUAAAUCCCCCUCACAGCUCCCUUUCAUAAAGGGGCUACCUUGAGAGAAAAUACAAGACUCUUCUUGAAAAUUUGUGGGUUUUAAAAAAAUGAAUUUCUUGGCCCGUUUUAUGUAGCAUUCCUCCUUCCUUUCUAGUUAGGAAGCCACAUGCACUUGCUGACGUGGUCACUGUCCUGUUCUCUUCAUCUAGGACUGAGUCGUUUCAAUGUUCUGUGAAUCCCCUCAUGGCCCACUCCAGGGCUGGGAAGGUCUAGGGUGAGUGAGGUUCUGGGGAUGUCAAAAUGGCUUCUUUCACAGUCCUGUUGGGGCUGUAACACCUUUUCACUCUAACCAAGUACUUUGGAAGGCACAGAUCAGAUGACCUCUGCUCCUUUGGCUCUAAUAGCCCAUGAUUAUAGCUCAGCUAGCACUUUCCCCCGGAAGCAUUAGACCAGAAGUGAAAUUUUCUGAAGGAAGCACAGGACUAGAACUUCCUGGUUUCUAAUCAGUUUUUUUCCCCAGUCUUCCUUUAAGUUUUCACAAAUUAGUUUUUUUGUUUUUUGUUUUUUUGGAGCUGAGGACCUAACCCAGGGCCUUGUGCUUGCUAGGCAAGCGCUCUACCACUGAGCUAAAUCCCCAACCCUGUGUUGUUGUUUAAAUCACUUUAGCAUGGUGCAUUUAUUUUAAAGGCAAACUGUCUCCCUUACAUAAUAUAGAGAUUUCUUCAGAAGUUAUACUGGGUCCCAGGGGCCAGGGAGAAAGCUGUUUUUAAGACCAAUCUGAAGUUAAGCUUUAUCAGUGUACCCAUCUGUGUUACUAGUAACUAGUACAUAGUAGGUGCUCAAUAAAUACAUAUGAAAUAACUGAAUGAAUUUCUCUUUUGGCAACUAUAUGUGCUGAAUACUCAACAAAUUGUUCAAAGACCUUCCUAUUUGUGGGCAAACUCAGGUGGCAGGAAGUCCUUCUGAAUUGAAGAACCUAACUCUGCCUGCAAGAUACUUAUUGGACUUUAGGUUAUCUUGCCGUGACUCUGUCCUGCAAUCCUUCCAGUGGUCGACUCAGCACGUGAAACUACAUCAUCUUUUGACUAGGCAAAAAUAUACACUAUCUUAUAAUUAUGAAAAUGAAUGAAAACCCAUCAUCUGAGGGAUUAUUUUUGCAAAGCCUCCAUUUGUAUUACAUUUUCCCAAACAUCCCAAGGAUUGUACAGUUUUUCCAUUGUAUCAUUUUUUUUUUUAAAUUAUAAAUAAAGUCUAUUAGGGCUGUAACUCAAUA